UAAACGUCCUGUGUUCCGUGGGGUGUAGCAUUUGAUUAUUUUAUUGAAAAUACAAUUUUAAUUAAAAUUAUAAUAAUAAUUAAAUAACUUAAUCAUAUACUUUAAAAUGGAUGACCAAGGAAGGAAAGUUAUCGUUUGUGAUAACGGCACAGGCUUUGUGAAGUGUGGAUAUGCCGGUAGUAACUUCCCAGCCUUUAUUUUCCCUUCGAUGGUCGGAAGACCGAUUAUAAGAGCUGAAAAUAAGAUCGGCGAUAUUGAUGUCAAGGGUAUUUGUGUAAAAGAUUUAAUGGUUGGCGAUGAAGCGUCACAGUUACGAUCGAUGCUUGAGGUCAGCUAUCCUAUGGAGAAUGGCGUGGUACGGAACUGGGAGGAUAUGUGUCACGUUUGGGACUACACGUUCGGGCCGAGCAAGAUGAACAUCGACCCAAAGGAAACUAAGAUAUUAUUGACGGAACCGCCCAUGAAUCCCACGAAGAAUAGAGAAAAAAUGAUUGAGGUUAUGUUCGAAAAAUACGGAUUCGACAGCGCCUAUAUCGCUAUACAAGCUGUUCUAACGCUCUACGCUCAGGGUCUUAUAUCAGGAGUUGUAGUCGAUUCGGGUGAUGGUGUAACUCAUAUCUGCCCGGUAUACGAGGAAUUUGCGCUCCCUCAUCUCACGAGGAGGCUGGACAUCGCGGGUAGAGAUAUAACGAGAUACCUCAUUAAGCUGCUCCUCCUGCGUGGCUACGCGUUCAACCACUCGGCUGACUUCGAGACGGUUCGCAUGAUGAAGGAGAAGCUCUGCUACAUCGGAUACAAUGUGGAACAGGAGCAAAGGCUGGCCUGGGAGACGACGGUGCUCGUUGAACCUUACGUGCUACCGGACGGCCGAGUGAUCAAAGUGGGAGGUGAGCGGUUCGAGGCCCCCGAGGCGUUGUUCCAGCCCCAUCUCAUCAACGUGGAGGGUCAGGGUAUCGCGGAGCUCGUCUUUAACACUAUACAGGCGGCCGAUAUCGACAUGCGCAACGAGCUGUACAAGCACAUCGUGCUGUCGGGGGGCUCCACCAUGUACCCCGGCCUGCCGUCGCGGCUGGAGCGGGAAAUCAAGCAGCUCUACCUCGAGCGAGUGCUCAGGAACGACUCCGACAAGCUCGCCAAAUUCAAGAUCCGCAUAGAGGACCCCCCGCGACGCAAGGACAUGGUGUUCAUCGGAGGCGCUGUCCUGGCCGAAGUCUGCAAGAACCGGGACAACUUCUGGCUCACGAGGCAGGAGUACCAGGAACAGGGAAUAUCCUGUCUCCGAAAGCUCGGCCCACGAGCGAGUUAAUAUAAACAGUAUUAAAUAUAUUGUAAUCUACUUAAGGUCAUUUCCAAUACUUAUCAUAGUUUGUUUUUAUACUUAAUGAGAUUUAAUUAAUUAGAAAAUAUAACAUGAAUUUAUUCUUUUUGGUUUAAAGUGUUUAAUAUGAAUUUAAAAGAACAAGCUCUCAAACAUAAAAAUAGUUUUGUCAAUUCAGUACCGUCUUUAAUAUAAGGGCAUACGAGGUCCGAGGCCAUGGUUCUCUUUGUCAGGAAGCCCAGAAAACCGGAUAUAAUCUUUUUAUUUUUUAAUUUCACUUGGCGGUUCGGUGCAUCCUUGAGUUGAGGGGGCCGAGAGAAAACGAAAAGUAUUUUAACAUUUAUUUAUUAAACAAAUUUCGAUAUGUUUUUACAAUAAGAUUUGCAAAAAGUGGAAAAAUAUUGUCGUCCACGGUUUCCACACUGUACUUGUCCAACAGGGUCUCAUAUUGUCGUGUGUGGGGCCCCGGAAUGGUUUAAGACGGCCCUGUAUCAACAUCAAUAUACAAAGACAAUGUAAAUAAUGUCAAGACGAAAAUGUGUACAGUCUGCUUAUUAUCUAGUGCACGAAAAUAUGUACGUUUGUGAAAAUACAGCUAAUUCUAAUGUCAGGAGUGAAGACAUAAACUUUGACCUUGAAUUGCCAUGACGUCACGAUAAAAAAAUGACGUAUUAUUUAUGGAUGCGUUAAGAAUGUAAUAAACAGGUGUUUGUAAUGCUCAAUAUAUUUGAGCUAAUACCAAAUGACAUGCAAUAUGUAAAUCUAAGGUUUGUGUAUUUUAACUCCUCCUGCCAUUGGAAUGGAUUAUAUGCUUGUACGACUGAGAGCUGUAAAGUUCGUGGACUUUGUAAAUACGUAAAACCCAUCGGUAUUUAAAGUUUUCUGCUCCCUAUGUGUAUUUAUAAAAGGCUGAAUAUGCACAAUGUUGUCGUCAAUGUACGGUAGACAUGUCUGUGUUAUAGUCAGAACUCUUUUUAGUCAAAAUGACUUGAUUAACUAUAAGUCAAUUGUACAUCCGUAAUCGUUUUUAAGGUACGAAUAUCAAGUCUAUAUAUAUGAGACAUUUUGAAGUGUAACAUCUUUCACUUCCCUUUCCUGCGAUCUGUGGAAGAAAUUUGGUAAAAAGGGACGGAAGUAUGUAACGGGAAGGUGGGGAAGCGCGCUAUUUGAUUGGACCAAUGAGCGCGCGGUGCUAGAGUCGACGUCAGAUGGUACGAACAUAUUUACUGAGAGGAUAUAAUGUUAACAUUGCUUAUUACCUACGGGAGCUAACAGACAAGCAAAAGGGAUAGUUACUGAGAAAAAUAAAGGUUUUUUAAAAUUAGUACUAUUAAUUUUUAUUUCCGGUCAAAAUAAGUUUUGUCUAAAAUUGAGUUCUUACUGUAACAUACAUGCAGUCAGUAAUAUUAUAAGCCAAUAAAAUACAUUAGAAUUUGACCGUAAGUUGAAAUAAUUUGAUAAUAAUUAUUAAAAUGUAAAAAUGUCUUGCGUUAUAAAAUUAAUAUUAAACAUAAAACUUAUCGAAAUUGAAGUUCUAAGACUGUUUUAAUUUGCAUUUAAAGUAUUCUUUUAUCAUUAAUAAAUUUUAUACAAUCAUAUAUAGAAGAAAAUGCAU